AAUAAAUAAAAAUAAUGCAUGUACGUAGUAAAAAUUUGGAUAUACAUGUAAAAUCUGCAAUUAUAAAAAGAAAAAAGUUUCACUAGUUCAGGCAGAAAAAUUACAAUUACCUUUGCAGUGUUAACAGCUUCCCAUUCUUUCUCCUAUGAAUUAAAAAAAAAAUUUAAUGAUACUAAGAAAUGUCAAGUUGAUAAAGCCUAUUCCUCAUGAGAGCUGUUUAGGACAGGCUACUCACUCCAGGUUCCAACCACCCGUGACUCAACUCUACCAUCAACCAGCCAUUAGCUUUUAAGGAUAAAGGCGCACACAGAGACGACGUCAGGUCUGGGCCCAACAAGUCCGCCUCGCUCGGGUGCGGUUCAGAGAACGCGCCCCAGGGACCUGCCCAGUUCCCCUGGGGGCGUGUCUAAGAGGGGAGGCGGUCCUCAGCCGGAGACCAGGUGAUAACCGUGGGCGGCAUCAGGAGGCGCCACGCGUCGCGGCAUGAUGACGUCAAGCACGCGCCGCGCGCUUACCAUGCGCAGCUGCGGGCCGGCGUCUUGAUUCCAGGUGUUUCUCUUAGGUAGAGGUGUGCUGUGCUGUUUGCCAGGAUGUUUCAUGCUAUUGGCUCUGCGGAUGGGGAAGAGGAGCAGGCGGAGGAGGAUUGUCCUGAAUUGGUCCCCAUUAAGACGAAGCAAAGAGGGGAGAAGGAGGAAACGUCUCGUCCCGGCGCUAAGAUCCCAGUCACAAUUAUCACCGGGUAUUUAGGUGCUGGGAAGACAACACUUCUGAACUAUAUUCUGACAGAGCAACAUAGUAAAAGAAUAGCAGUGAUUUUAAAUGAAUUCGGGGAAGGAAGUGCAUUGGAGAAAUCCUUAGCUGUCAGCCAAGGUGGAGAACUCUACGAAGAAUGGCUGGAACUUAGAAACGGUUGCCUCUGCUGUUCCGUAAAGGACAGUGGCCUUAAAGCUAUUGAGAAUUUGAUGCAGAAGAAAGGGAAAUUUGAUUACAUACUGUUAGAGACCACUGGAUUAGCAGAUCCUGGUGCUGUAGCUUCUAUGUUUUGGGUUGAUGCUGAAUUAGGGGUUGAUAUUUAUCUUGAUGGUAUCAUAACUGUUGUGGAUUCAAAAUAUGGAUUAAAUCAUUUAGCAGAAGAAAAACCUGAUGGCCUUAUCAAUGAAGCUUCUAGGCAAGUUGCUUUGGCGGAUAUCAUCAUCCUCAAUAAAACAGACUUGGUUUCAGAAGAGGAUUUAAGCAAAUUAAGAACAACUGUUAGAUUAACAAAUGGACUGGGAAAAAUUUUAGAAACACAAAAAUCAAGAGUUGAUCUCUCAAGUAUAUUAGAUCUUCAUGCCUUUGACAGUCUCUCUGGAAUAAGUUUGCAGAGAAAACUUCAGAAUGUGCCAACAACACAACCUCACCUUGAUCAGAGUAUUACUACAGUCACAUUCGAAGUACCAGGAAAUGCAAAGGAAGAAAGUCUAAAUGUCUAUAUUCAGAAUCUUCUGUGGGAAAAGAAUGUGAGAAACAGGGAUGACGACUGCAUGGAGGUCAUACGACUAAAGGGGCUGGUGUCGAUCAAAGACAAACCACAACAAGUGAUUGUCCAAGGUGUCCAUGAGCUGUAUGAUCUGGAGGAGACACCAGUGAGCUGGGAAGAUGACAGUAAGAGAACAAAUCGAUUGGUCCUUAUUGGCAGGAAUUUAGAUAAGGAUAUUCUUAAACAACUAUUUAUAGCUACUGUGACUGAAACAGAAAAUCAAUGAACAACACAUUUCAAAGAAGAUCAAGUUUGUCCAUAACACUAGAAGCAUCACCAAAAGGAUUGGAUGAUAAAAUUGGGAAUAAGUUUCCUAUUGGAUGUAUUUCAAGCAUCUAUUCUUUGCAUUACUUCUCUUACGAAUUCCAGUGUAAACUUUAAAAUAGUAUUUAUUUUAUAGAAUACAUACAACAUAGUAAAUCAGUAUUAUAAAACAUUUGAUAUUCAUACAAUAAAAUACACUGUCCUCUGACUUUUUUUUGUGGACAGAUGAUUCAUAAACAUAUCUUGCAGAAUUGGCUUUGGAGUUUACAUAUGCUGAAUUUCUCACUCAUGGAAGUUAUAAUAAUAAUAAUGGGAAAACUUACUUCAACAUUGUCAUUUUCCCUUAGAACUUCAGCUGAUUGCGUGGAUGUAAUUUUAUUGUUAAUAACAAACAUUUUUAAAAACAAUGUCACCAUUUUUAUUAAAGGAAAUAAAGGGUUUACAGUGGUAGAGACUUACAAGUGGAAGAAACCUAAAUCAAAGAAAUUAACUGAAACUUUCUCUUGUUCUUAGUCAGAUUCUAAGCCUUACUGGUAGUCAGUGUAAUGGAACUUCAGCCAUUCACUUUGUAAUAUAUUUCAAAGAUUUCAAUUGUAGAGCUUUUAAUUUUAGAGUAGAUUUUAGUUUUAAAGUAGAUUUUACUACUGGUAUUAAAUUCAUCUUUUUUUUCAAAACUUCUUUAUUUUUCAAUAUAAACUAAAAAGUGACAAGGUAUAAAACUUAAGAUGUAAAUGCAUUUAACUUUUGAUAAUUUAACAAUCUUUAUAUAAAUGGUAGGCGUGUAAGUAUACAAUGGAUUACUUUUCUCUUCUUCCUGCUAAAGGCCAGGUCAGCUUAACUAUAUUCAGAUUGUAAGAGAAAGGCAUUAAAUGGAAUUUAAAGAAGAGUUAAUGGUUGUUAAAUAUCAGAAGGCUGUCAGAAUGGCUUUUGGAAUAUUUUUUCAGAACUUUAAGUCAAAAUUACAUCUAUGUAUCUUGAAUGGUUCCAGUAGUUGGAGGCAGGCUAACUGAUUAGAUUAUCUAUCUCCCAUCCCCUGUGUUCUGUACCUUUUUAAUAUAACUUCUCUAUGUUCAUCCAUUUGCCUUCUGAAUCUAUUCUCUUAACUUGUGGUUGAGAGAAUAUGCUUAUUUUGUGGCAGCCAAUUGCCUGAUAGAAAGUCAGCUGAGUUUUGAGUCAGAUCUUUAAUUCUAGGGCUUUAAUUCCAGCUCUGCUGCUUCUUGGCUGUAUAAUCUUGGGCAAAGUAUUUCUCUGAGAUUAGUUUUCUUACUUUAAAGUGGACAGUGAUAAUAUCAAACAUUCAAGCUUGUUGUGAGGGUUAAAUAGGUUUGUAAUACACCCAGCUCAGCUCCUGGCCCACAACAGAGCAUAGAUAAAUGUUUUCUCCUUCCUAACAAUUUCAAUUUGUUUUAUAAUUAAUGUAGUCACGAUAAUACUUCAUAAUGUUCAUUGGCAAAUAAUAAGUAUUUAGAUUCAUCUGUUCUAGGCCAUGAGAAAGGGCUUAUAAUUAAUGGUACUGUUGUGGGAGACAUGUUUGAAGUAAUAUUAAUCUAAACUCUUAAAAAUCUGUUUUAAACUGAUAAAUAUUUGGUUUUUUUCUUUAUAAUGUAUUAAUCUUUAAAUAUUUUUCUUUACAAAAGUAUUGCAUGACUACAUUUGUGUUGUAAAACACAAGCAUUACAGAUGAAGUCAGUCUCUCCUGACCUUUCUCCUUCAGUCACUGUCACGUCUGGGUAAGCAGUGUUGUCAGUUUAAUGUCUAUCCUUUUAGAUGUUUCUUUUCACUUAUGCACACAUUAUGGUUUAUAUUGUUUCCCAAAGUGAAUUAUUUUCCAAUAAUAAAGCUAUCAUUUAAGGAAUUUCUUUGGGAAACUUACAAACUUGCCAUAAAUAUCCUCAAGGAAGGAUUUUUAUAAUGUGUGUUUUAAAUAAAAAAUCAUUCUUUACAUAUUA